AUGACAACGACGUUUGUGAAUGCCAUUUUUCUUUACGUUCUCUGUACACUUCUCGAGUUUGGAAAAGCUUGUGGCCCGAGUGAAUAUAAAUCAGCUGCUGGAGAGUGUUGUCCAAUGUGCAAUAUUGGAUCAGUAGUUCGCAGUGACUGUAGUGGGGAUUUGAGCACCACAUGUCUACCUUGCGCUCCAGGAACAUUCAUAAGUGAACCUAAUGGGCUUCAUAAAUGCUUCACAUGCAGAAACUGUGCUGAAAUUCAAGGUAUUUACAUCCAGAGUAAAUGCACUACAAUAAAAAACACUGUCUGUGAUGUGCUUGAUGGAUAUCACUGCAUUGAGUACUCCAAUUCACACUGCCAUCAUGCUCUAAAACACAGUGUUUGUGAACCAGGACAAGAAACAAAAACACCAGGAACAAAGAAUUCAGACACAGUAUGUGUGAACUGCACAGCCGGGUUUUAUUCUCCAUCAGGUUUGAAAUGCACCAAGUGGACAGAUUGUACAGCUAGGAAUGAAAUACAGACAGAAAAUGGCAGCUCUGUAAAAGAUGUCACAUGUUAUACACCAAGACGGGGAAGAUAUGGUCUCAUAUUUGCAGUAGUUUUAACAACAUCGAUUUACAUAAUUCUACACCUGGUGCCGCAGAUCAAAACGAUACACUUAUCAUGGGAGUGUGACAGCAUUGGAGCCUUAUCUGUGUGCUGUGACCUUGACGUGGUGGAGAAGCUUGAGCACCUCCAGGAACUUAUCCCAGUGGAAGUAAACAUGCAUGAACAGCAAUAUCAUUAA